UGCUUUUUUCCAACAACACCGGACGCUUAAAGGACAAAGUGAGCUGCGGGUCACAGUGACUUCGGGAAGAUAUCUCGAAUAGUUUUACACCUAGUCUUUACGUUUCUCAGGACUCACCUCGGGAAGCUACAAUAGUCAUUUUUACCAAAGAUAAUCAUUUAAAAUAGUGAAUAAUGUCUGCAGUUGGAAUAGCACAUCUACUGGUGUUCUUUGCCUGUAUUUCGUCGACAGCGGUCCAUUGUAAAAAACAACGAGGUUUUGUUGGGCAUCAGGAUUCGGACACCGAUUCGGUCAAAGUUGACCAGGUUGCAGCUAACAUAUUAAAGAGUGGCCUGACCACAGUAUUCCUUCCUCUCAUCUACAUCUUUGUGUUCGCUGUGGGUUUGCCCAGCAAUGCCAUGGCAAUUUGGGUCUUUGUAUUCAGAUCAAAGAAGAUCCACCCGGCGGCUAUUUACAUGGCCAAUCUUGCCUUGGCCGACUUGCUGUUUGUCAUCUGGGUCCCAUUAAAGAUUGCUUACCAUUUCAAUGGAAACAACUGGAUUUUCGGAGAGGAGAUGUGUAAAGUUCUGGUUGGCUUCUUUUACGGAAACAUGUACAGUUCUAUCCUGUUCAUUGCUUGUUUGAGUGUGCAGCGAUACUGGGUGGUGGCUCAUCCGCUCACGCAGCAGAGAACGGACAAUAGACUGGCUAUUGCAGUAUCAGUAAGCAUCUGGGCUUUUAUAUGGAUCAGUACCACACCGCUCUUCCUGUACCAGCAGACAGCCAAAAUCUCUGGGCUUAACAUAACCACUUGCCACGAUGUCAACAUUAUCACACAGGAAAACUUUAAUAGUGGGAACGCCUUUCAGGAUGUGCAGAAGCCAUACUAUUACUUCAUGGUGAUGGCUGGGUUGGCGUUCUUCAUACCAUGUGUGGUUAUCAUCACAGCAUACGCCCUGAUGAUGCGCAAACUGGGACACUCCACUAUGGAAGGAAGCAGCGCUAACAAGACCCGUCGACGGGCCGUGGUUCUCAUCAUUACGGUUCUCGUUGCGUUCCUGGUCUGUUUUAUUCCGAGCAACGUCAUGCUGGUGGUGCAUUAUGUUCUGCUGAGAAAUGGAAUUAUUAACAAUGGAUAUGGCUUCUACAUCACCUCCUUGUGCUUGGCCAGCCUCAACAGCUGCCUGGAUCCCUUCCUGUACUAUUUUGUGUCGGAAGAGUUCCGGGCACAUGUGAAGAAUACGCUGCUGUGCCGAAGCAGCCGGACUGUGGAGAGGAUGAGGGUCUCCUUCAGUUCCAUGAAGUAUUCUAAGAAGUCUAGCACUUACACGUCUAGCACGGGCCAUACAGAUAGCAGUAUGAUCUAAGAGCUGCAGUGUGUGUUUAAAAAAGAGAAUGGAUGAGGCUGACUGUGAAUUAUAUUUUAUUAGAAAUGCAUAAGACUAAUAUUUACACUUUCUCAGGUAGCAAAGAUUCACAAAGGUGGAUUCACUUUUGCAGGAAAAGAGCCAUGAGUUGUUUGACUGAGUAUGUACAAAGGAAAGGGUGUACGUGUGUGUGUGUGUGUGUGUGUAUAGGUUAUAAGCUGGAAAUGUUAUUUUCUGUCAAAACCAAAUACAAGAUCACAAAACCUGACACAAAAAACAGCCAGUCAAAUUUAGGAAUUUUUUUUCUGGUUUGUUUUAAUCUAAAUGUAAAGUGUCUUCUGCUUUUCACAGACUGAAUCAGUCAUUUGACUUUGUUCUUUUACACAAUAAUGUUUUUGUACAUGUACCAGCUUUGUUCCCAACUCCAGACUUAAUAAUUGUUUUAAUGUCUAAGUGGUGAUUUUGUGCCAGAGGUUCACAAAGAGUAACCCUUUGUUCAGCUCCAUUUUCAUAGUAGUUUUUACAUCGUGGACUGGCUUCAAGAUAACCCCAGACAGAAUAUACCAAGAGUAUAUGUAAAGGGCUCGAUUUAUUAUUUUUUUUUAUUUAGAUGAAUGAAGAACUCCCACUUGUUCACACUAUCCACUAUUUUAUAUCUAUCACUUCUCACCUAAGACACAUUUAUUUUUG